AUGCCAAGGAAGUAUGAGGCACUCGUAGAACUACUGAAGAAGUAUCCUGCUGGCAAGAUUGAUGUUGUUUUGCAACGGCUAAUAAAAUGCUACCAUCCGAGUCUUGCAGAAGGUAAUAAGAAACUCCUUUCAAAGUUAUUUCUCUACCUGCUGCGAUAUUAUGAUGAUAUGUCGAACGGGCCACUCUCCGGUGAUACGAUGAAAGUGCUAGGGUCAUUGACCAAGGCAAUGUACUCACUUAUGAAGCGCCAGAUGUGUCCGGGCUCUAAUACGUCAGAAUUGGAAGAAGCGUAUGAGCAAGCCGAAAUCUUCUACCCAGUUUUCUCUGAUCACUUUGUUGAGGUUUGUGCUGAAUUCUUGAAACAAUGCAAGCGAGAUGUUUUCGGAACACAUAUCUAA